AUGUCUUUUGAAAACAAUGAUAGUCAAAUCCUUCCUACAAAUGAAAAUAUCUCUUUGGACCCACUUAAUUCUCCAAAGACCCCACUGGCUCACAUUCCCUGUGUUGCACCUGGCCAACCAACUUAUUCUUCUAAUGGCCCAUUAACACCAAUUGUCGACCAAAAUCAGAGAAUUAUAUCUAAUCUUCAGCAACAACAACAACAACAACAACAACAACAACCUAAGAUUUUUACCUCACCUGCAUUCCCACUUUCUUCUUCUUCUUCUUCUUCUUCUGGCACUGCUCAACCUAGCACUGGACCUCCUGAGAUUGAUCUCAAGGCAAAGCUAUUUGCAGCCUUUUUGAAGCGAGAUGUGCGCCAAUCCUCUGCAAAGGGUUCAAAACGAACCAAUGCAUCUGUAUCUGUAUCUGUGGCUUCAUCUCCUUCUUCGGCUUCACCAGUAUCUUCAUCCAGCUUCUCAAUUGUAAAAUCCACCACUAAGCGGAAAAAGCUGGCUGUAGAAAAAGACCCUAUGGCUCCUAAGGGAAAGCGUGGUAGAACAAAAAGAAAAAACUUAAUAAUACCAUCCCCAUCUCAAUCCCCAUCUCCACCUCCAGAAACGAACACUCUUCAAUUGCAUCCCUCACUUCUCACUACCAAUGACACUAAUAGUACCCCCCACCCUCUAUCUAUUUCUCACACCCCAUCUUCUGAUUUUAAUUCAAAUUUCUCUUUGAAGUUAUAUCCAACCUGUGUUUUUGAAUCGUCUCCAGAAUCAAACUCUUUAACUAAUAUUGAUACCCAUUUUAAUAUACCAAAAUUUGACAGUGCCCCAGCUUCUCCUGAGCUAUUUCCUGAAUUAAAACAAAACAUUGAUACCCCUUCUCUUUUUACAUUUGUAGAAGAUUCUCAAAUAAAUUUGAGUUCUGCAGUUUGUUCUGAUUGCUAUAUCCAUCAUGUACCUUCUGAGGCUCACUUGGAUUCUACAGAUUUGGUAGCUUCCGAUGUACCUAAUAACAACGAUGCCCCUUUAUCUUAUGUUCAACAAUACAUUUUACCAUAUGUAGCGUCUUCUUCUAGGACUUCAUGGCAAUGCAAUGAUUGUACAGAAGAAUUCAAAAAAGACUCUUUGUUUCAAACUGCUCCCUGCAGCCGCUCUUCUAUAAGCUCUGCCCACUCAGAUGUCCCACAGCGCAUUUUAGAAAGCUAUACGCUUGCAGAAAAGGCAGAGAGUUGCAGUAGCUGCCUUGCCAAUCUUGAGAUACAGAUUGACGCCUUUUCCAGUUCUGUUACUUCAAGCCAACAAUUUAUUGAAUUUGAAAAAGUGGAGAGAGACUUGCCAGUCUUUAAAAGCAUGUAUUCAAGUAACUUGUUUGACUUAGAAACAAUGCCAAAACUUCACCAACAAUAUUCGCAACCUUCACCAUCUCCAACCCCAUCUCCUAACGAUGACUACAAUUUAUACCACCUUGACAUUUUCCCUUGCGCGGAAACAUACCACGAAAAACUAAUUAUCCAAUCUGACGAUGUUAUUGGUACUGAUAUUGAUACUGAUAGAGAUGUAAUGCCGUUUCACGCAAGAACCCAUGAACCAACAUUGAUACCAACAACCGAUUGCCUUUAUAGCAACUCGAGUUUUUAUUUACAUUAA